GACCUGUCGUAGCUUUCUUUCAUAGUGCAGUCGAUUCUAUCAGCGACGUAGUAUUAUUUUCCUUCCAUGGUUGCAAGUUUGGGCCAGUUCUAUAGGCUAGAACUCUCUAUACAACAGAGGGUGACGUAAACCACUACGGCUCCUUUGUAAGAUGUGCUCUGUCAUCGCCUCCCUGCAAGCAAUAUCGCGAAUCCGAUUCUUGCAAUGCAUGGUUAGAAAAUACUCAGGCAAGAUACACGAUGUUGCAUACAUAUCUCCCACGCGCCCAGUGCGAACACCCUAUCCGAAAUUUUUUGUUUCUUGAGGUUUUCGUCACCAAUGGCAUGAUGCUUGGACAUGCGACACCUACUAGUCCUGCUUCUGCAGACAGCAGAGAAUCAGACUUCAGCCUCUCUCGAAUGACCUCCAGGCGAUCAUUUAUCAAUGACGUUCCAUCAGAUCAAUGCACAGCGAGCAGACCGUUAGUGCGAUUUGAUCACAAAUUCCGCAAACAAAAAAAAGUUGUACGUUUCGAAUACCCUAUGGAAAAAGUGCUACUUUUCAGCCCAGAGUCCAAAGUAUCGCCUUUGCCAGAAAGUAUGCCCAAUUCUUUUGAAAACAACAAACAUGGCUCGCUUCGAAGGUGUACUCUUCGGGGAGGAGUAUCGUCUGGCAUCCAGUGGGAGAUGCAAUGCCCUGGGAAUGUCACAAAACGUCAACGAUACUUAGAUGCUGUGAAUCUUCAACAUGUCCAAAUAUUAUCCGGCACAAUAUUUGAAGGCAUUGUAUCAGUGGUGAACAUUGCAUUUGAGAAGCGCGUCGGUGCAAAAUUCACGUUUGAUAACUGGCAUACGACUUCAGAAGUUGGCUGCGAUUAUGUUGGAAAGGCUUGUACAAGCCAACAGGCCGGCGAGAAAGACUGGGAUUUAUUUAGGUUCAAAAUUGGUCUGAAUAAUGAUAACAUCGAACCCUUUGAAAAAAUACUGAAGUUGUCUGUAUAUUAUGAAGUUGACGAGAAGGAAUACUGGGAUAACAAUUAUGGACAAAACUACGCGAUAAAGCUAUAUAAAGCAGAAGGUCACGGGGGGCAGAAAUGUUAAUUGAGGGUCUAGGUAAAUCCUAGCCUGCCUGGGAAA